AUGUCGCCAUUUGGGAAACUUCUCUGUCUGUGUUUGAUUACUGUGUAUGGAUGCAUGUGCCAGAAACAUGAUGACCGACAUCAGGCCAUGUUUCUUGCAGGUCCCAUGACCAACAAACAGGUGAAGGGCCUGGAUGGCAAACCCUAUGAAGGAGCAGUGUUGGACACCUUUGACUGCAGUUAUCCCAUACCUCCAGAUUCUCGACAAUACUUUGAGUACCUCCAGAGCAGACGGAUGACUCACUUCAAAGUGCCACUCUCGUGGGCUCAACUCCUGCCAACAGGCCUCUCCAGCGAGCCCCAGCAGGCUGUGGUUACCUGUUACCAGACUUUGCUGAAAGAGCUGCUGGAGGUGGGCCUUCAGCCUCUGCUCGUCCUUCAUGGAUCCACAUUGCCAGACACUCUGAGGUCAAGGUAUGGAGGCUGGGAGAACCAGGAGCUGGUAGAGCUGUUUCAGCAAUAUGCUGAGUUUGUGUUUGGAGAGUUUGGAGAGCUGGCAGACUCCUGGGUGACACUGAGCAGCUUGGAUGAGCUGAGGGAUGCUGAGCUGCAAAACAUUCUUGAUUCACACACCAGUGUCUACCGCCGCUACCACCAGCUAUUUCCUAACAGAGUUGGAGGAAUAUCUGUUGGUGUAAAGGCAAAUAAAGUCCCAAUCAUCUGUGACACUCAACUACUGAAAUAUACAGAUUUCCUCUCUAUUAAAAUUCAAUAUGACUGCACCACUGGACAGAACCUGGCUGAGGAGCUGCAAAAUGUUUUGGGAAAGUGUGGAGACAAACCCAUUCUCUUUUAUGAGGUGAACAUCAUUGACUGUUCUUCUCAUAAAUUCCUGUCAGACACCAACAUUGUGAAAGCACUGAGCAGUGGAGACCACAAUGUUCUUGGAUUUGACAUGGUAGAUAUGUUACAUCCAGCUGACAUUAUCCCAGACAGUCUUCAAACAUCAUCAUGUUCAGUGACCUAUUGCAAAACUUGGAGCAAUUUUGCCACCAUGACCUCAUCUGAGCGAGAUGCCUUCCUGAAUGAAUCCUUUCCUGUUGGCUUCCAAUGGGCCACAUCCAGUGAGUCUUUCAAGGUUGAGGGAGGCUGGUUGGAAGAUGGGAAGGGACAGACCAUCUGGGACCAAUUCGGUCAUGAUGGUCUAGCCUUCGCCAAUCAGACAGCUGAUCUAGCCUGUGACAGUUACCACAAGGUGGAUUAUGAUGUCUACCUCCUGCGAGGUGUUAAUGUCAACACCUACCAGUUUUCCAUCUCCUGGGCUCGUAUUUUCCCCUCAGGCCACUGGGGAAGCCAGUCAGAGAAAGGGGCUCUUUACUAUGAUAAACUGAUCAAUGCUCUCAUAGAGUCUGGCAUACACCCUGUUGUCACUCUCUACCAUUGGGAUCUGCCCCAGGCACUGCAGGACUAUGGUGGUUGGACCAAUGCUUCCAUUGUUGAAGCCUUCAAGGACUACUCAGACUUCUGCUUCUCCAGGUUUGGAGACAGAGUAAAGACCUGGAACACAUUCAGUAGCCCCUGGGUGGUGAGCCAUGCGGGCUAUGGUACUGGUGAGCAUGCCCCUGGAAUAAAAGACUAUGUGGUUGCAUCCUAUCAGGUCACUCACAAUAUGAUCAAGUCCCAUGCUGAAGCCUGGCAUGUCUACAAUGACAAGUACAGGAAGACACAAGGAGGGAAAGUAGGCAUUGCAUUGAACUCUGACUGGGCUGAGCCCAUGAACCCCUCCAGACCUGAAGAUAUAGCAGCUGCAGAUCGCUACCUGCAGUUCAUGCUGGGCUGGUUUGCACAUCCCAUAUUUGUGGAUGGAGAUUAUCCUGCAACACUCAAGACUCAGAUUGAACAGAAAAGAAAUAAGUGUCCCCUCUCUGAGCCUGCAAGACUUCCAGUUUUCACUCCUGAAGAGAGCCGAAGAAUACAUGGAACAGCAGACUUUUUGGGAUUAAACCACUACACCUCUAGGUUGGUCAACAACAGUGAGGGUGGCUGCACCCCUGGUCCUCAGGGAGUAGGGGACUUCCAGGCACAUGUGGACCCUUCAUGGUCCUCAACAGCUUCUGACUGGAUCUAUUCUGCACCUUGGGGUCUCCGAAGGCUUCUAAACUUCAUUUCCACUGAAUACUUGAAUGUUACCAAAGUGCCAAUCCAUAUCACUGGGAAUGGUAUGCCUACUGAGUACAGUGGGGACACUAUCAAUGACAGCCUUCGGAUAGAAUACAUGAAGAGUUACAUCAAUGAGGCCCUGAAAGCUAUUCAUUUUGAUGGAGUAAAUGUGCAGCGGUUUACUGUCCAGUCACUCAUGGAUGGCUUUGAAGGCCCACAAGGCUACAGUGAGCGUUUUGGGUUGCAUCAUGUCAACUUUGACCUGCCUGACAGACCGAGGACUCCAAAGCAGUCUGCCUACUUUUACUCUGAAGUUAUUGAGAAAAAUGGUUUUGCCUCCAAAACACAGUUCUAUUAUGUACCAGAAUUUAAAAACAUAGUCACAGAGUCAAAUAAAGUUUCAUCAAUGCCACCUUCAAAAGUCCCAUCCCAAGCCAGCAGUGUUUGGAGAAAAUUUUCCAGCCAAACCAACUUUCAGAGAAAACUCUACCACUAUGGUACUUUCCCAGAAGGCUUCAGUUGGGGAGUAUCAUCUUCAGCUUACCAGAUUGAAGGUGGCUGGAAUGCUGAUGGGAAGGGGCCUAGCAUCUGGGAUACAUUCACCCACAAACCUGGCAGUAUUCCUGCUAAUGCCAAUGGAGAUGUGGCCUGUGACAGCUACCACAGACUUGAAGAAGACUUCUACAUGCUUCGAGCUCUGAAGGUGAAGUCAUAUAAAUUCUCUUUGUCCUGGUCCAGGAUCUUUCCUGAUGGUCGGCGUACCUCUCUAAACCAGAAAGGUGUUGAAUACUACAAUAGACUCAUUGAUGACCUGAUGGCGUAUAACAUCACUCCCAUGGUGACACUUUACCACUGGGACCUCCCUCAAGCUUUGCAAAACCUUGGAGGCUGGGACAAUGCAGACAUGAUAAACAUCUUUAAUGACUUUUGUGACUUUUGCUUUGCCACCUUCGGAGACAGAGUGAAAUUCUGGAUGACUUUCAAUCAGCCUCAGACAAUUGCAUGGUCAGGAUACGGACUUGGACAGAUCCCACCAAAUGUUAAGAAUCCAGGAACUGCACCAUACAAAGUGGCACACAACCUUAUAAAAGCACACGCCAAGGCUUACCACACAUAUGAUGAUAAGUACCGCAAAUUGCAAGGUGGUCUAGUAUCCAUUGCUCUCAAUUCUGAUUGGAUUGAACCUAAAGAUGUUAAUGUUCCCCGUGAAGUGGUGGCUGCCGACCGUGCUCUGCAGUUCCAACUGGGUUGGUUUGCACAUCCCAUUUUUAAGAAUGGUGACUAUCCUGAUGCAAUGAAGUGGCAAGUUGGAAACAAAAGUGAACUCCAAGGUCUUUCAGAGACAAGACUACCUUCCUUUACUGAAGAAGAAAAGAGCUUCAUUAAGGGAACAGCUGACAUGUUCUGCAUAAAUCAUUACACUACGAAGAUUGCACAGCAUGCUACAUUGAGGCUUACCCCUCAAUCUUAUGAAUACGACUUGGACGUGUCAGUAGCAGAAGAAGGAGAUUCACCAACUACUGCAAUCAGUAACCAGAGGGCUGUAGCAUGGGGUUUGAGAAGACUCCUCAACUGGAUCAAAGAGGAGUAUGGAGAACCAGAGAUUUACAUUACUGAGAAUGGAGUAGCUACAGACAUUAAGACCACAGUUGAUGACAUAGACAGAGUAUUUUACUACAAAACCUACGUUGAUGAGGCUUUAAAGGCUCAUAAUCUUGAUGGUGUGAAAGUGAAAGGAUACAUAGCAACAUCUCUCAUGGAUUCUUUUGAGUGGCUCAAUGGGUACAAAGUAGGCUUUGGGCUACACCAUGUGGACUUCACUAACCCAAAUCGGCCAAGGACACCCAAACGCUCUGCUCACUAUUAUUACCAAGUCAUGAAGGACAAUGGCUUCCCAUUACCAAAUGAUGAGAAGAUACUUUAUGGACAGUUUCCCAGAGCGUUUAACUGGAGCAGUGCCAGUUCCGCUUACCAGAUUGAAGGGAGCUGGAGAGCCCAUGGAAAGGGACUGAGUAUCUGGGACCUGUUUGCCCACACUCCUUUGAGAGUAGGCAACAGUGACAGCGGCGAUAUUGGCUGUGAUAGUUACAACAAGAUUGACGAGGAUGUGGAGGUGCUGAAGCAGCUGAAGGUGACCCACUAUCGCCUCUCUGUAUCCUGGCCCAGAGUGCUUCCUGAUGGCACCAACAACCAGAUCAAUGAAGCUGGAUUGAACUACUACCAUAGAUUACUGGACGCCUUGGAAGCUGCUAAUAUUCAGCCCCAGCUGACCCUGUACCACUGGGACCUCCCCCUUGCUCUAGAGAAAGUAGGAGGAUGGCUGAAUGAAACCAUCGUCCAACGAUUCAGAGAUUAUGCCGAUGUUUUAUUCAACCGUUUUGGAAACAGAGUUAAGUUCUGGAUCACUCUAAAUGAACCCUACAUUGUAGCCAAUCUUGGCUAUGGAUAUGGGACCUUUGCUCCAGGCAUUGUGGGCAAGCAGUAUAUUGCAGCUCACAACCUAAUCAAGGCCCAUGCUGAGGUCUGGCACCUCUACAAUGACAAGUACCGAGCAACGCAGAGUGGCCUCAUCUCAAUUACCAUCAAUUCCGAUUGGACGGAGCCAAGGAACCCUUAUAAGCAGGAGGAUUACGAUGCAGCCAUUCGCUACAUGCAGUUCUUCAUUGGAUGGUUUGCCCAUCCCAUCUUCAACGGUGAUUAUCCUGACUUAAUGAAAACAAUCAUCCGUAAAAGAAGCCUUGCUGCAGGUCUCCCUGAAUCACGGCUUCCUGAGUUCACUCCUGAGGAAAUCAAGAGGAUAAAAGGGACUCAUGAUUACUUUGGCCUCAACCACUACACAUCGGUUCUUUCAUUCCCAAUUGAUAUGGGAAAUCAGCAGGAUUAUGAAGGUGACAGGGGCACUGGAGCCACACACGACCGCACCUGGAUUGAAUCUGGUUCUUUCUGGCUAAAGAUUACCCCCUUUGGAUUUAGGAAACUCCUAAAGUUUAUCAAGGAUGAGUAUGGAAACCCACCUGUCUAUGUCACAGAGAACGGGAUCUCAGAACGAGGAGCAGUGGACCUGAAUGACAUCCACAGAACGCACUACUACGAAAACUACAUUAACCAGGCUCUGAAAGCCCAAGUUCUGGAUGGAGUUGAUCUGAGAGGCUAUACAGCCUGGUCAUUAAUGGACAACUUUGAGUGGGCUGCUGGCUACUCUGAGCGAUUUGGACUUUUCUUUGUGAACCGCUCAAACCCCACCCUUCCUCGCAUUGCUAAAAAAUCAGCUUCUCGGUACGCCUCCAUCAUCGCCUGCAACGGUUUCCCUGAUCCAGCUCUUGGGCCCCAUGAGUGUUUGAACCCUGAACCUGAAGCUACAAGUGCUGCCACUACGACCACACUAGAGAACACACAUACUACUGUUCCUAUUCUGCCUCUGAACAUGGUGGACUUCUUGGGUCUGGAGAUUUCACCUAAUGAUGCUGAAGUUGCACUGUAUGUCAUAUUUGUAUUUCUUCUUGUAAGUGUACUUGGUAGCAUCUUUGUCGUACACCGGCUCCUAAAAACAAGAGGGAGGUUCAAGGCAGCUGCAGGGGAAUCUGUGAAGUUGGAGAGGACGUGAGGAAAGCUUUGAAGAGAAGUGAAAACUCGUAUAUGUCAGUUGCUGAUACAUAAAUGACUUCCCUCGUAGGAGGAUGUAGGAUGGAUGAAAUUUAACAUAAUUUUCUUUUUAGAAUCUUACUACAAUAUAGUUGUACAUUUUAAGGAGCUUUAUAACAGCUAUGUCAUUUUUCAUGAUUUUCACUGAUUGCCACAGGUCCAUACAGAAAAAAGUAUAUUUAGAUGAGAUAUCAGAAAAUAAUUUGCAUUAAUGGUUUAAACAACUGUUUGAAUGUGGUGUUAUGAAUUUCAGUUGUUAAUUAAUAAAUGCAUUCUGUUUGGUGAAAUGAAAAAUUUGUAUAGUGUGAACAGCAGAAUUAAUUGUUAAUGACAGUUUGCUUCCAUGACGUUGUUUGAUAUAGGAACUUGACACAGACAAAAACUCAAAUCACAAUUUGCAGUUACACAGUCGCUCCAGUCUCCGUUUUAAACCGUCUCUGUGCCUUUACUUCUUGCCAUACAGAGAUAAAUCUGUAAAUAUUGGAUUGGGGUGUGUCACCUGAUUUUUCAAUGUAAUGUUGUGAUCAUUGCUACUUCAGUAUUUUGAGAAAUAAAGACUACACCUGCAAGGUUUUCAGA